AUGACCUCGACACUUGACGUCAAGUUGAACCGCAUCGAUCGUGUCUUCCAUCCACAUGAGACCGUGCAGGGCCAAGUCAUGAUCUCGUCGCCCAAGGGAUUUUCUCACCAAGGUCUGGCCAUGAAGGUGCAGGGCCGUGUCAGUCUGCAGCUUUCGACCACCAAACCACCUUCUGGAUCUGCCGGCUCUCUUCCCAAGAACACAGACCCUAUGGAGCUCGUGUACUUCCAUCUGCCAGUAGCUCCUGCGGGUAAAAUACCUGCUGGUCUUUCCACGUUCCCAUUCGAGUUUGAGCUGCAGGGCAACGACGGCCAAGAACUCUUGGAGACGUAUCAUGGCGUGUACGUCUUUGUCAAGUACGAAAUCGUGUGCGACUGCGUGCGGGGCAUCAUGAAGAACAAACUGCAUCAAACACUCGAGUUUGUGGUGGAGGUGCCGCUGAGAGAAGCACUGCUGGAUUCACCGGAAGCGUUCUCCAUCACUCCAGAGUCAUUGGAAAAUGCUCGACCGCAAAGUCUGUCCGCGAUGCCGCAUUUCCGUAUUACAGGCAAACUUCACCGCACGAAUUGUCCGGUGAAUCUACCGUUCACAGGCGAGAUCAUCAUCGAGGAAGCUACGAGUCCAAUCAAGUCAAUCGAGAUUCAGUUGAUUCGAGUCGAGAGCGUCGCCCAUGCUGGCGGAGUUGCGAGAGAUGCAACGGAGAUCCAAAACGUUCAGAUUGGAUGGGGCGACGUCUUCCGCCAAAUGUCGAUCCCGAUCUACAUGAUCUUCCCACGGUUGUUCACGUGCCCCACAAUGCGAACCCCAGCUUUCAAAGUUGAAUUCGAGACAAACGUCGUCGUCCUCUUCGAAAACGACAACAUGAUUACCAAGAACUUCCCGGUCGUAUUGUACCGAUAA